UCUGUCUACGCCCUCCAUCUGUCUGUCUGCUCUGUCUAAGUCUAUCUACUGGUUGUUGAUGAUGAUGAGCCGGAUCUUGCGCCAAUCGAAGAGAGCCAGGCUCUGCGAACGGGAGAAGAUGAUGCCCUGACACACACGUAGACACACACACACACACACACACACACAAUGGACGAAUGAGCAUCCCCCCCCAUCUCUCUCUCCCUCCCUCUGUGUGCGUGAUGCACUCACCCACAUAUACGAUGUGAACCACAGGGCGGUGUAAGCGUUCUGCUGGUAGUUGCGGAUGAUGAUUGGGUGGGGCACGGGCAGCAGCCCCACCAUGGUGGUCUUCUGCAGGUAAGACAGCACCUCCGUCUGGUCGGUCAAACCCUUCUCCUGACACAAAUCCUCAACCUAUCUCACACACACAGCCAUUCUCUCUGUGGAUUGAUGGGUGGCUGGCUGGAUGGAUGGAUAGAUACUUGUGGCAGCAGGCACUGGAUCAGUCGCGAGAUGGUCUGGAGCGGCAGCUUGGACUUCCAGUCGUUGAACCACUCGGGCGUGGGCUGCCACUGAGACAGACACACACACACACACACACACAGAGACAGACAGACAGACAAACACCAUGCGGAAACGGCCAACCGUGCCCCCAGCCACUCUGCUCGCACACCUCGUUUGUAGGUGCUCCCUCUUCACGUGGAGGGGUCUGGCCCGACGCACCAGCCGACGUGUGAUCGCCCGGAUCUACACACACAGCACACACACAGACGGGUCGGUCUCCUUCCAUCGUCACCCAUCCACCCACCGGCCCACCCACCUGAUUGCGGCACACCGUUCCUCGGCGCCUCCCCAUUGGCCACAACACCACCACCACCACCGCCACCACCACCGCCGCCACCAGCGGCGGUCUGCUGCUGCUGUGACGAUGGCGUCGGCGUGGCCCCGGCCACUCCGUUGACCUCUCCGCCUACGACGGCGCCUUCUCCCCCCUCCCCCCCUUCGGUGGCCUGCGACGAGGCCUUCUUGAGGAGCUUGGUGGGGAAUGAGAGGUUCUGGAGAUUCAUGAAGGUGUCCUUCUGACGCAGGAUGGCGUAGACGAGCUUCUGGUUGCCCUGCAUUGCGUGUAUGGGAACGGAGAGAGACGCUUCACGUGUGUGGAGGGCUGGUGUGUCUGGGCAUGUGGCUUGCCUCGUAUUGGUAUUGGAUGAGGUUGUUGAAGGUGUCGAGGAGGAAGAACAGGUCGUGGUAGUGAUACGGCGCCUGCAGGGCAGACACACAGAUCGCAAUGCAUGGUUCUGUGUGUCUGCGAUUGAUUCUGCGUUCGUGUCUGUGGUGACCUUGAACAGCCACUGCGGUUUGCUAAACCGGUCAAGCAGCCGCAGCAGCUGGAUGCAGCUCUCUAGACAAAACCCCUUGAUGUAGGCAGAUCUACACCGCACACACACACACACACAAAAGACAGACACACCACAUGGUCUCCCACCUGGCCAACCCACCCCUCAGCCCACUCACAUGUUGCACAUGACGGUAAGCAGCAUGUCGAUGAGGGCAUCGUUCGUGGGAGACGUCUUCUGACACAGCCCCCCACACACAGACAGACAGAGAGACAGACAGAGACAAAAGGGCCAACCAUAGCACGCCACAAGGGACCACACCGAGCCCAUGUCCUGGAUGCGCCCACCGAGCUGUCGACGACCACUCUGUGGAUGACGAGCACCAGCAGGUCGGCGUGACACCCCUGGAACAGAGGAAUGUCCAGUGGCAACUUCUCCAAAAAAACCUCGUUCAGCCGAACCGCGAAGUCACGCUCUGCAUGUAUGUGAGUGUCCCGAAACACACAGACACAGACACAGAGACACAGACACACAUGUGCACCGGCGCAUGAAGGGGGAAAGGUCAGCGAGUGCACACCUGAGCUGAGGACGAGCAGGAUGAACGAGCACAUGUGCAGGAGGCCCACUUUGGAGGGGCCCCCCUGUGUGUCGGCUCUGCUGAGGUGCGAGUCCAGCAGCAGGAAGACCAGCGGCACCAGCAGCUUGUUGGAGUUGAGACGGCUUGUGAUGCGCCGCAAAAACGUCUGCACACAGGAAACGGCAUGCGGCCGAAAGAUGUAUGUGUGUGUCUGGUGUGCGUGUGGGUAUGGGCACACAGACGGACCGGGUUGGCAGUGAUGAGGUGCCAGAGAAGGAUGAGGGCCUCUUGGUGGAAUGGCACCUGUCCCACACACAAGGCAAGGAAGAAUGUGACAACACUCUGUGCUGUGCUGUGCUGUGCUGUGCUGUGAUUGCGUCACAUUGCUCACCGCCUUGACAGAGUUUGGCAGGUAAGUGUUCCUGGACUGGUGGACCGUGUUGAGGAUGCGCACCAUGCCGUCGAAGAUGAGGUCGAUCUCGCUGUCCUUCUUGAUGCCUGACACACACAUACACACACACACACCCAGACACCCCGAUGGAUGCAUGUGUGUGUGUCGUCCGGCCUUCUUCCGCCGAAGCGGAGUACCUGCCAGCAUAGUGCGGUAGACGUUCCUCACAUUCCUCUCCAGGCUGCCGUCUUGAACCUCCUCAUCUACACACACGCACACGACACACACAUGGUGCACACACAGUUGCCCGUGUUGUUUCCCGUGGUGAGGGCGUGGCGUACAUGUGAUGUGUGCGGCUCCGUUCUGGUCGCCACUGCUGGUGGCGGCGUGUGACGGGGUCUGCGGUGCGGGUGCGUGGGGGUCCACUGAUGUGGACGACAUCUGGUUGGGCGGGGCCAUGCCCGUGUUGAUGCCUGUGCACACACACACAGAGACACACACACACACAGAGAUGAGGCGAGAAACCCCCCAUUGUCUGUGUGUGUAGGGGGGAGCGGAGCUACCUUGUGCGUCUUGUAGGAAGACCUGAGGGUUGAAGUCCAUGAGCACAUUGAGCACCUGCAGUGAGGUGUUGACGAGGUCCUCCUCCUCAGUGCCGGACAACAGGCUCGUGUACGGCAGCCCCUGAGUGAUUGAUGCACCAUCAGAGGGGGAGAGAGGGAGAGGGAGAGGGAGAGGGAGAGGGAGAGAUGGCGGGACUUUCCUCCCUCCAUCUGAAGGGGCUGCUUACGUAUCCGAGUGAGCUUACAUAGCCUGAAGGAUUGUAGGUGAACACAGUGCUCAUCAACGAACAAAACAGAUUGGCUGCAGGGAGGACAGAGAGCACACAAAACCCUCAAUGCCAUGUGCAGCAGAUCCAUUCACCCGCCACCCACAGCACCCCACUCACCAGUGUAAGGGAGGUCUCCUGCAGUGAAACUCCUCAGCCACGGGGGCAGUAUCUGCUGGUACUCGUCGAUGGUCUGGUACAGCGGCCCGCUCAGACACAUGAGCAGACAACGCAACACCUGCACACCCACAAAUAGCCCGUGCAAACACACACCUUGACGCACACAGCGCAAGUCUGCUGAGUGAGUGCUCAGGUGGUUUGGCUGACCUCCGUGCGUGUCUUGUAGAUCUGCGCCGACGAGACGACGGGGAGCUCCUUGGCGGUGCCGAUGCCGCCCUUCCAGAUGAAGCGUGUAUCCACCUUGUGCUUCGGCAGUGGCUGCACAACACGCCCACACACACACAUGGCCAUCUUCCUCGCUCUCUCUCUCUCUCUCUGUGUGUGUGUGUGCGUCUGUGUGUGUGCGUCUGUGUGUGUUACUUCGGUUUCUCCGAUCAUGACGCCGGGCGCAACGCAGCAGAGGUUCUUUAGGAACAGGAACCGCAUCAAACCCGACAGCAGCUGAAACAGACAACACAACAAACACGACACAACAGACAGACAGGACACAUUGGCCUUGUUGCGCUAUCCCUCCUGCCGUCCUUUGCUGUUAUACCUCGUUUCCGAUGAUCAUGUUGGGGUCUUCGGGAGCCUUGGCGGGGCCCUUCUCGCCUCCCUCCUGUCACCCACACAGACAGGGAGUGUGUCAUUCGUGUGCCAGUACCCAGGCCGUCCGCUCCUUACAUCUGCCGUGGCCGCUCUAUCGGCAGCAGCAGGGGCGUCUUGUGUGGUGGUCGCCUUGUAGCCUCCCGGCGUCCAGAAGAGGGUGUGCACAAACUCUGAACACGCCCACACGCCACACCCCCGUUGACAAAAGACGAGGUGCUGGUCUUGGUCUUGGUCUUGAUGAGAUGCAUACCGUCGUUUAGGUCUUCGAGCAUGAAAGGCAUGAGCCUGGUGAGCAGCCGCACGCAGCUGACGGCCACCGUCACGAGGUUGCCGGGCAGCGCGCUCGUGCUGCCCACGUGGUUCACCUCCCGCAUCAUCUCAACUAGCUGAUGGACGGAUGGAUGCACUCAGACAUCAACAGAGGGGUGCCUGCCUUCCUGCCUGCCUGCCUGCCAGCAUAUGUGUGUUCCUGUGGCGUGGCGCAUCUAUCCACCUUUCGGAAGAGGCACGCUGUGUUGUGCGGCUUCUCGGCCUUCAUCUUCCGCACGUCGUCGGGGUUGAUCAGCUCAAACACGUCGUCGAUGCCGAUGCUCGCGCCGAACAGACCCUUCCAAAACUGCAACCGCCCACACACACACACGCGGAGGGCCCGUGGUGCACACUGACAGAUCUGGCCAGAUCUCCGCACCUCGUCAUCGUCGUAUGAGACGUCCUCCGAGACCAGCUUGUCCACGUGGUCCCGGAACACGGCGCGGCUGUCCGAGUUCCCCAUCGAGACGAACGAACGAACCGCCGCUCACGAAGCAAGUUCUACAAGCCGUGCGUCAACAGCACCGAGCAAAGAUCUGCUUCGGCACGGUGCCCCGGAC